CGCUCCCGCUUCCUCCGACCGCGCAUCAACCCCCUCCUCGACGUGAUUCUACUGACCCUUGCCGUCGCCGGCCGGCGAACCGACACCAUGGUAUCCGCGCGAAGGGGGCGCGGCAGCGGCGAUGGCGGCGUCCGACCCCGCCCCCGGGACCGCGGCGAUGACGGCGCUAGAGUUGCGGCGCGCGUGGCCGUGCUCGCCUUCUGCGUCGCCGGGAUCUGGUCGGCCUACAUCACGCAGGGCGUCCUCCAGGAGACUCUGUCGACGAAGCGGUUCGGGCCGGAGGCGCGGCGGUUCGAGCACCUCGCGUUCCUCAACUUCGCGCAGAAUAUCGUCUGCUUCGUCUGGUCCUUCAUAAUGAUUAAGCUGUGGUCGGGUGGCAGUAGCUCCACUGGCCGCGCGCCGCUGUGGAAGUACUGGGGCGUCAGCAUCACCAACACCAUUGGGCCGACCAUGGGGAUCGAGGCGCUCAAGUACAUCAGCUACCCGGCUCAGGUUCUGGCAAAAUCUUCAAAGAUGAUUCCAGUAAUGUUAAUGGGGACCCUACUCUAUGGUGUGAAGUAUACAUUUCCAGAGUAUCUUGGCACCCUUCUUGUUGCUGGUGGUGUAUCGUCCUUUGCAUUGUUGAAGACAAGCUCCAAGACAAUUAAGAAGCUUGCCAACCCUAAUGCACCUCUUGGCUAUACAUUGUGCUUCCUCAACUUAGCCUUUGAUGGUUACACUAACUCCACCCAAGAUUUAAUAAAGUCCAGGUACCCAAAGACUAACCCAUGGGACAUAAUGCUUGGCAUGAACCUCUGGGGGACCAUAUAUAACGCUGUGAUCAUGUUUGCUGCGCCAUUACUAUUCAGUAAUUGGCCUUUUGCAAAUGGUUUUGAGGCAGUGAGAUUUUGCCAGGAGAACCCAGAGGUGGCUUGGGAUAUUUUCCUGUUCUGCCUAUGCGGUGCUGUGGGGCAGAAUUUCAUCUUCUUAACCAUCAGCCGGUUUGGCUCUCUUACUAACACAACAAUCACUACCACCCGCAAAUUCAUGAGCAUCGUGGUUUCUUCCGUCAUCAGUGGCAACCCAUUGUCUUUGAAGCAAUGGGGAAGUGUUGUGCUGGUCUUCUCUGGCCUUUCUCUCCAAAUCUAUCUCAAAUGGAAGAGAAAGAAGGGCAGAGACCACAAGGAAUAAUUCAUUCCGAUUUGUAACUUUGAUUUAACAGAUUUAUUGUGAGGUUGAUUGGGAGAUCAUUAAUGUUGCCCAUCGAAAAUUUAGGAAAGUUUUACAUGGAUUAUAAUGUGUGAUACUGAUGGUAAAUUUCUAUAGUGUUAGCUAUUGGAAACGGCUGGUAGUUUCUGUUCUACAGGGAGAAGAUGCAACGAAUUGUGCUGCAUUGAGCGCAAAAUUGUAUGUUGACAGUGUAUUUUUGUUUUACUUUCUCAAAAGUAAUCACUAAUAUUAAAUGACAACGUAUCCUGGUUUUGAAGUUUA